AGCCCGCACAGUGCACUCACUUAAGCCCUAGCGCGAGCCCGAGACACAAGCAGAGAGAGUGCAACACCACCACCAUUAAUCUCCAACUGUCAGCGCUCUCAAUUUCAAGCUUGGACUUCAAACGCAUAUUCAGCUCUUCUUCGUCUACGUCUCCAAUUCAACUGGUUCUUCUUGCCCGUCGUUCUCGUUCUUAUUCUUCUUCUUGUUUCUACUCGUAGCUCACUGGAGAUAUCAGCAGCAGGUCUAUCUGUGAGGUUGGUUUUUGCUACGUUGUUUGAUUUGAAGAAAGGUUUAAUGGAUUUCGACGAGUAUGAGUACUUAGAGAAAACGGUUGAAAAUCCUGAACCCCAGAAAGCAAAGGAAACUGCAAAUGGUGGUGAGGAAACUCUAAAAUCUGGAGAGAAAGGUCGCAGUCGAAGUUCAAAACAUAAGAGUGAUGAGAAAGGUCAUGAUGAGGAACGUCACUCAAAGCGUUCAAAAUCUGGAGAUGACUCACGUGAACAUGAUCAUGAUCGGCACAGAGAGAGGGGAUCUUCUCGUCAUCGCUCACGGUCAAGAGAAGUAGAAAAGGAUCGCCACAGGAGUAGCCGGGAACAUAGAGGUAGGGAGGACAGGGAAAGGGAGGAAAGAAAUGGAAGGGAGAGAGACAGGGACAGAGACAAAGAGCGGGAUCCUGAUCGAGCUAGAGACAGGAGAGAACGCGACCGUGAGGGUGACAAGGAUGACAAGGACCGGGAGAAGGAGAAAGAGCGAUCACGUCGAAGUAGGAGUCAUUCAGAAAGGCAUCGAAGUGAUCGGGAUGAAAGAGAGAGGAGCAGGGAUGUGGAGCAUAAAGAAAGAGAUAAGGAGAAGGAUUUAAGGGAGCGGGAAAAAGAAAGCAGAAGACAUAAAGACAAAAAGGAAGAAGUGACAGAACCAGAGGCUGAUCCUGAAAGAGAUCAGAGGACGGUAUUUGCUUAUCAGAUUUGUCUGAAGGCAGAUGAAAGAGAUGUAUACGAGUUCUUCUCAAGGGCUGGCAAGGUCCGUGAUGUACGCCUCAUUAUGGAUCGCAAUUCAAGACGUUCUAAGGGAGUUGGGUAUAUUGAGUUUUAUGAUGCAAUGUCGGUACCUAUGGCGAUUGCACUCUCUGGUCAGCCUCUUCUUGGUCAACCAGUGAUGGUGAAACCAUCAGAGGCUGAGAAGAAUCUGGUUCAAUCAACAUCUGUGGUUAGCGGACCAGGUGGGAUGAUAGGCCCAUAUUCUGGCGGAGCUAGAAGGCUGUAUGUUGGAAAUCUCCAUACCAAUAUAAAAGAAGACGAUCUCCGCCAGGUUUUUGGAGCAUUUGGUCCUGUAGAACUGGUUCAGUUACCUGUUGACGAAACUAACAACUGCAAAGGUUUUGGAUUUGUGCAGUUCUCGCGUCUUGAAGAUGCUAGAAAUGCACUGAGUUUGAAUGGACAAUUGGAGAUUGCAGGUCGACUAAUUAAGGUGUCAGCUGUUACAGACCAAGCUGGAAUGCAAGAUCUUGGAGCAAAUGCUGGUGAUUUUGAUGAUGAUGAAGGUGGUGGCUUGUCAUUGAAUGCCCGCUCUCGGGCAAUUCUCAUGCAGAAAUUGGAUCGCAGUGGCUCUGGAUCAGGUAUUGCUGGUCCCCUAGGCACUCCCGCUGUCAAUAGCACCAGUGUUUCUUUACCAAUGGCACUACCAAUGGCACCACUCCUGGGAGCUGCACCAGUGGUUUCUCCUCUUGUUCCUCCCAUCACCGCUGUUCCUGGUAUCGCUGGACUUGGUGUUGCUGGUCUUCAAAUUCCUACUGCUACUCUUCCUUCUAUAGAUACAAUUGGUGUUCCAAGCGAAUGUUUACUGUUGAAAAAUAUGUUUGAUCCAGCAGUUGAGACGGAACCAAACUUUGACUUGGACAUUAAAGAAGAUGUUCAGGAGGAGUGUUCAAAAUACGGGAAUUUGAGGCAUAUCUUUGUAGACAAGAAUACCGCUGGUCAUGUGUACUUGCGAUUUGAGAAUACACAAGCUGCGAUAAAUGCUCGGAAUGUUCUCCAUGGAAGAUGGUUUGCCGGAAAGAUGAUUGAGGCAACGUUCAUGUUGCCCCAGAACUAUGAGGCUAAAUUCCCGGAAAGCAGAUAGGAUUAUUAUAUGCAGUGUUGGAAAUGUAGAAAGUGUAGCUGGUAAUGCCUGUUGGUGGUUAAGCCUUUUGGGUCCAAUUUUCAUGUGAGAGAGUAUUUAAUGAAUUAUCAUCAGGGCUUUUUGUGUGAGAAGAAAGAAUGUCAUGCUCAGUUGAGCAUUUGGAAUUUGUUGAUGGGUCAAAAGUUAGAUGUACAUCAACUUGAAAUUUUUACCGCCAGGGUGACAUGUGAAUUUACAGUUACAGAUAUGGGUUUGUAGACUUAUUGAUGUUCA